UAAAGUAGCGGUAAACACGAACUCCAGUGCAAUGCAACUAUAUUGAGAAACGGAUUUAUUUACAAGAUUAUCCGCACACACAUUCAUAUUUUCGCCGGUUGAUAUAAGAAAAACAUUAUAUCUCAUUAUAUCCUUUGAGAUUAGCAUGACAAUUUAUUGUAAUGAUGUCCGCGGACAAUUCAUGUUCCAUGUCUCCAGAAUUUGACGUGUGAUCAUUAUGUACAUUCCAUCACAUUAUAUUUACACGGUCAUCUGCAAUGGAAAUGCUUUGUCACAUGUUCCCACUUACAUCAUCAUGGCUUCAAAUAACAAAAGAUGAUGUUGAUGAUGGUAACCGAUCAGAAAAAAAGAAAGGCUGUGAUGAAAUUCUACAAACAGCUCGAACGGAUCGAUCCCAUUUCCCGCAUUUAGUCCUCAUUGGCCAUGGAAAUGUUGAUAUCACAAGCCUGCUGUUUCAGGGAGCAGUGUCCUGUGGAGCCAAAGAUUUUACAGUGGUGUUCAUCUGUCCUCAUCCUCUUGACAAAAUUCCAAGUGGUGUCCAUGGCAUGCCAAAACCUGAGGCAAACAUUCUCCAACAUGUUCACUUUCAAUACCUGAUGAGCAUAGAGGAGUUAAUUAAUUACUGUGCCUCUAUCCACACACGAUCAGUGAUGCCAGAUGUCAUAAUGGUUGACGAUCUUAACCAUUACCUUGGACAGGAGAAGAAAGGAGAGCAUGGACUGGCUAAAAUGUGUGCUCUGCUACUUGAUACAGUCACAUUUAUUAGCUCUAGAAAUGAAAGGGAACUUUGUCAGCUAGUGGUUGGGUGUCAUGAAUGCCAUGAUAUACAUCCAGGUAUCCUGGAGAAAUUUAGGUUGUCAGCAGUGCAGAUUGAAGGUAUGCCUGUUUUAAAUCAGUGCAAGCUAUCAUCAAAAAUGGACAGCAUUGAGAUUACUGUACAGUACAGGGCAACGGAGGGAGCGAUAUUUCUACAAGAUGUAAAGUUAACCAGCGGAUGACAAGAUCCGCCAGCAACACAAAGAACCUCUCAUAACUUAAUAAAAAACAAGAGGCCCAUGGGCCUUAACGGUCACCUGAGUCUAUAGUA